AUGCUGCAGCCGGGUCUCACACCUCUCCUGAGUGGCCUUUCAAGAGCUCUGGGCGCUCAAGGGCUGCCGCCUCUUGCAAAUUUCCUCCUGGGAAACAGAGGCUUGGACGCCCAUAUUAACUUGUCACUGCAUCUCCGAAGUGUGGAGGCCCCUUUGGAAGAGACAGAGGCGGCGACGACCCACGAGUCCCGUUCCGGAGGCUACGGGUGUGAGCCGGCGGGAGAAAGAGGGAGCAGCCAAGGAAGGAAAGGAGAGAGCAGCGAAGGAAGGAGAGAAGGGCGCAAGGGUCCCAAGACGUCUCCACCCAGAGGCAGCUGCCGCCCUGCUCGCGAGCACCGCAGUGUCACCCGCGACGCAGCAGAGGCUCGGCGAGAACCCCCGAAAGGUCUCUCUUGGGGUAACAGUCACCGCUGCCCAGAAGGCCCCCGGACUGAGAGCACCUUAGCGCCUGCGGGUCUGCACACGCUCCGUGCGCUAGAGCGCGGCAAGGCUGUGGCCGCGGGGCGCGGGCGCCGGGACCAGCGGCUGGCGGGCCGGGCAAGGCUGCGCUCGGGAGCGGCCGCCGCGCUUCCCGGGAAGGCUGCGCUGGCUGCGGGGCUCAGCGCAGGGGAGGACAGGCUGCGGCCGGCGCUGCUGCGGCGCGCGCUGACAGCCGGGGCCGCCCCGGCGCGCCCAUUGGUCCACGGUGCGCCAAUCAGCGGCCGCGGGUCUCACUGCAAAAAGGGCGUGGCCUCAACUCUGGCCGCCGCGGAAACUCUGGGGCCGCGCUUGGCCGCGAGUACAAAGCGGGCUGGUGGCCGCUCUGCGGCACUGCCCCGGCCGCGCGCUUCCCUAGGGGCCCACACCCCUGCGUCCCUGAAACCCUUCUUUUGAAAAAUGCCCUUUCGAGCGCAACCGUCCGCCCCAGAGCCACGCGGGCACGGCUCGAGGGAAGUUUGUUUCCUUUUUCAAAUUGCUCCGGUCACCUUAACGGUUUGAGUCUUCCGGAGUCACGCCCGCAGCCUCGCUGCCCCCAUCUGGCUUGGGCAGGUCCGAAGCUCGUCUCCCGCGUUAAGAGCGCGCCAGCCAUUUCUCUGCCUGCCCUUCCGGGCGGGGGGCCUCCCAACGGCUUCCUCUCCAGUUUUCAAAGGCUGCGCAUUUAUAGGCAAAUACAAUACGCAGGGAAGCUUCCCGCCCUGAGACAGCUCCUCCACGCAACCUACCACAGACUCUGUAAUUAGAGUGGCCUGAAGAAGCCGGGAGAGGCUCCAUGACCCCGGCAGGCUCUGGCCAAACCUUGCUGCGUUUCAUGGAGCCCCUCCCUGUCCGCGCCUGGGACGCACUGGCCCCAACAGGUUCCUCGACUCGAAUUCGCUGUUUGGGUUGCUCUGUGGUUUCCUCGCCGACUCAAAGUGUCUGAGAAUAAGAAGGAAACUGAGAGAUGAUCAGGCAGGCCAGACUUCGCGAUUUGUGAAUGAGGAGCCUCCCACCCUGUAGAACUGCUUGGAUUAGAAUUGGGCAAGUUACUUAAGCUUACAUGCAUCCUUAUAGAGCUUCUGUUUUCACAUGUAGUAAGGUGGAGGUUUCACGACAUUUACCUAAUGAGCUGUUGUUUGGAUUAAAGGAGAUGGUUGGUGCAUGACAGUCAUUUAGCACAAGUACCUGGCAAUGUAGGAGACCAAUAAAAGCUAGGUUUUAUUUUCCCUUUGUUAAAUUACUGCUGCUUUCCCCCAAAGUCAUCUCUGUUUAUAAACUAUUUAUCUUUCUUCUUUGUUUCCAGGACACUUUGUCCCCACCCUAUAGCCUGAUCUUCAGUGCUGAUAGCAUUGAUUUAGAAUAACUCAGAUGCUAUUAACUAUGUCCCCCUUGAAUUCAUGUUAAACGCCUAAUCCCCAAUGUGAUGGUAUUAGGAGGUGGGGAACUUCAGGAGGUAAUAAGGUCAAGACAGUGGAGCCCUCAUGAUAGGAUUAGCACCCUUAUUAGAAGAGACAGGAGAGAGAUGCUUUCUUUCUGCCUUGUGAGGACGCGGAAGGCAGUCUUCUGUGGACCAGGAAGAGGGCCCUUACCAAGAACCUGAUACCGUGUUGGCAUCCUAGUCUCAGACUUCCAGCCUCUGGUACUGUAAGAAAUAAAUGUUUGUUGUUUAAGCCAUCCUGUUUAUGGUAUUUUUGUUAUAGUGGCCCAAAGUGACAAAGAUCUCAGACCAGAGGAAACAUCAAAGUCUUAACCUCUGAAGCAUUAAGAAAUGAGAAGGCACCUUCUUAGCUAUUCUAGGCAGCAACUUUCUACUCUAGUUAGGCUGAAAUGCACGGCCCUGUCUAUGUCUGUUUCAGUUAUCCUCCCCCUCUCUCUGAAAUCAAGUCACACGUCAUUCAUGCUACUUACUUAACACUUUGCCCUUUGCCAUCUGAUGCCACCUCCCAUACUGUUGUAUCCCAUUAUUUAACCUGUUAUUUAUUGUUUCAUGCAUUCAUUUUCAUCUUAGAGAAUAAACAUCUUGGAAUUAGGA